AUCCUGAGCCACACAUCUCUCUGUCUUGGAUCUACAACUUUCCACAUCUUUUUGUCAAGGAGGCCUGGGCGCUUUUCUGUCAUCGAACAAUUUUGAUCGUACUGGAUGUAUGUCCUACUGCUCAUUCACUCGAGGACAGAGUCGGAGUGGGGUAGAGAAGGGAUAGACAGCUAGACUCUCGCACAAAAUCAACAAUACUCAAACUUGGGCGUGUUUCGCGGCGCGAUGUCGUUCUUCGGCUUCGACACUUCUCUGCCCAGAGACAAACCUGGAGGAGGAAACAAGGGAAUAUUUGAGCACAGCAACCCUUUCAACGAGGUCGCAAAAGCCCGUAAACUGCAGGCAUUUCAUGAUGACGACCAGGAAAUAAUCGAUUUCGAGGAUACUUACGAUGGCCUCGGAGAUCGACUCGAAGAAACGGGCGACGAUUUCAACGACGAUACCUUUGGUGGCGGCGCAGAGGGGCCGAGUGGCCGAGGCGCAGGCGGGAAAGAUUUCGAUUUUUUCGGGAACACUGCCCAAGUGUCGGAUGCGUUCGAGCAAGAACAUGUCCGUUACAGCUUGCAGCAUCCUGGGGCCCCCGCGGCUGGUCCCACCCAAGCCCCCAAACCCAAGAGAACGGGCUAUGAGAAAUAUCAAGAUCCAGGGUAUAUCCCAGAUAUUCAGGCAAAAUCAGGGGCAUGGAGUUCAAAAGCACAAGCAGCGCCUCGAGCACAAGAGGAGCGUAUCAGCACGGCUCGACCUGUUGCUCCAGCCCCGGCGCCUAUUGCUGAACCCCCAAAGAUGAUGAGUUUGGAGGAAGUAGAAGCUGCACUUCUUGCACAACAACAGCAGCAGCAGCAGCAACUGCAUCAGCAUCCAUUUCCUUUGCAUCAGCCAUUCCCGUUCCCGGCCCAGCACAUGCAGCCUCCACCACCACAGCCGUUCCCGCAGAUGCCACCACCUGAAGCCGUUCAUCAACCACCUCCCCCGCCACCUCCUUCGUCAAGUCCCCCCAGAGGCCACAAUCGUAUGCCAUCACAGCCUCAACAACCAGGACAUCAGCCUCUUCAGAUUCUCCAGAACCCUAAUCGGGCUCGACACUCUCCGCAGCCGAGUUUGGAUCAAAUACCAUCAAUGGGACCUGGAGGUCUCCCUGUUAUAACUCAUCCUCAGCAGUUGAUGGACUUGUCCGAAGAACAACGACGGACUUAUCUGGAGGAAGAUGCGAAGAGAGCCAAGCGUAAUCAUAAGAUCUUCAUGCUCUCCAAGGGAAAUGGCUUGAUGACACCGCAAGAUAAAAAUUUCAUUACACGAAUUCAACUUCAACAACUGGUGACGGCAACCGGAGCUUCCGCAGAUGCCGAUCCUGAAGCAACCCUUAACGAGGAUUUCUAUUAUCAGGUCUAUAGUCAGAUACGCGGCGCUCCCAGACAGCAUCCUACUCAGCCAUUGGGUCAUUUUGCACAAACUUAUCUGUUCCAAACCGGAAAUCGUGUCCGUGGCCGAAAACAACAGAUAGUCGCUGACAACCACAUGCAGAGGAUGCAACAACAAGUUCAACGCGCUGUCGAAGCUGCUAAGCUGAAACCAAAGAACAAGCAAUUGAUUAUUGAAGGAAGCCUGGGAAAGAUUUCGUUCAGCAAUGCCAAAACACCAAAGCCUCUGCUGAACAUCAGAAGACAAGAGAACACUGAUGGACGACCCGCCAGUGCAAAGAAGGGUGCGCCAAGUGAUCGGAAGACGAUACUCAAAAAUAUUGAAGCGGUCUAUUCCACUUUGAUGAGUCUUGAAGACAACGUACGGCAGAUGCCUCCUCCACCGACCGAGGGCGAUGCCGACUCAAUCCAAGCUCAGCUUGAAUGGCGGCAAACGAUGCAGGAGCUCAACACAAAGCUGUGGCAAGAUUUGAAGAUCCUGGAACCAAUUGUGCCUGGUUCCGCGGUGACACAUCCAUUCAUUGCGUUUCUGUCUUUUGCCAAGGGCAAGAAGGCCAUUCCUCGAGUGUUCCAUCAAAUCGAUCAAGAGCAACGAGUAACGAUCUUGACCAUGAUCGUUGUCCACCUCGACCAGCUGGACGUCAUCAGAGACGCUCGUCUUGCUCCUGGAGAAUCCCAACCGUCACUAGCUGUGCGCGAAGAGAUCGACUUGUUCUCACAAACUGUCAUGCCAUGCCUGAUGCAAUAUGUCAGUGAGGCGCCGAUCAACAUCAUCAUUGGCCUACUCGGAUUGCUGAUUGAUCACACAAAUGUUGUGCAAGUUGCGCACACCAAAAUUGGUGUCGCCAUGUUGACGAUGCUUUUGACUCGCGCCGAGAUCGUCAAAGAAUCUGGCGGUGUUUCCGACCAGGAAUGGCAGCAGUGGACAGAGCUAUACAAUCGUCUCUUCGAUAUGCUCGAGCCUGUCUUGGGCUCAAUCUUCCCUGCUGCCGUCAAUGCCGGCGAUGAUAUGUAUGUCUGGCAAUUUUUGGCCGCGGUGGGUAUUGGGGCCAGUCCAGAACAACAACAGCGACUGGUUAUUGGAGUCAAGGACAGAGUGAUGGAAACGGUUCAACAGAGCAAGGCUUUGCCUGCAGAGAUGUCUAGUGUUAGACUUGGUAACGUCAACUUGUUUAUGAGGGCCAUUGGACUUGACGUGGAGAUGCUUGGAUGAAAUCUUUUACAAAGUGUGUGUGAGAGAGACAGGAAAUGGUUGAUUAUAGUUUAUUUGUUCAUAUACUCUUGAAAAGCACGUUGCGACUCUGGCUGUUCGCAAAAGC